UGCGUUUGCUGUCAGCGCGCACACCGCUCCUCCAGCGGCUCCACACCUCAGAUGGCCUGCUGCAGCGGCUGCUACAACUCGCGGAGGCUAGAAUGUCACCGGUGAUCCUUUGCACGAAGACAACACGGUCGUAAGAACAGAUUUGUGACAUUUAUCCUUUGUGUUAACGCUCACAAUGGCGCUUAAUUGUGCAUCUAUACGGACUCGUUCGUUCGUGUCUGCUCUCACGUUUUUUGUCGCGCUGUGGGGAUUUGCGCUCUCCAUCACCCGCUACUCCAUACCGGAGGAGAUGGAAGAGGGUUCCUUUGUUGCCAAUCUGGCCUCAGAUCUGGGUCUGGACGUUCGCAGUUUGCUGGAGCGCAAUGCGAAGCUCGAUGUCAUUCACAGCAAAAAUUACCUCGACAUUAACAAAGACACGGGGGAGCUGGUCAUCCGCGAGAAGAUGGACCGGGAGAGCAUAUGCAUGACUAAAACCACCUCAUGCUUCCUGAAAAUGGAUGUCAUACUCUCCAAUCCCGUUCGCAUUUUCAACAUCGAGCUGGAGAUCUUGGACAUCAACGACAACGCGCCCGUUUUUCGUCGGAAGACAAUGCACUUGGACGUUUCUGAGGCAACCCCUCCCGGUGAGAGAUUCUCCCUGACCAACGCGGUGGAUGCGGAUGUGGGGGCGAAUUCAGUCAAGACCUACUAUCUCAGCGAAAGCAAAUACUUCAGCAUUGACAUCCAGACGGGCAGCGACGGCUCCAAAUACGUUGAUCUAGUGCUCAACGGUAAACUGGACAGAGAGGAGCAUGCGAUUCAUAAUUUGAUUUUAACUGCGGUGGAUGGAGGUGUGCCUCCCCGCUCUGGUACAGCCAGCAUAAUUAUUAACGUGCUGGACAUCAAUGAUAAAGCCCCCACGUUCAGUCAGCCCGUUUUUGCUGUCAAUGUUUCGGAGAACUCUCCAGUGGGGACGGUGGUGAUGACAUUAAACGCGACUGAUUUAGAUGAAGGCACAAACGCACAAUUAAUAUACUCGUAUACCUUGUACACCUCGGAGAAGACACAGGAGCUCUUCUCCCUAGAUCCACAAUCAGGCGAGAUCAAAGUGAAGGGGGUGAUCGAUUAUGAAGAGAGUCAGAGUUUUGAGAUGUACAUUCAGGCUCAGGACAGAGGGGCAAACCCGCUGUCAGGACACUGCAAAGUGAUGGUUUACGUCACAGAUCUAAAUGAUAACUACCCAGAGGUGACCAUCAAGUCCCUGAAGAGAUCAGUGACCGAAGAUGUGUCGGUAGGGACACUGAUUGCUGUGGUGAGCGUCAGUGAUAGAGAUUCUGGAGACAAUGGUGCCGUAGACCUCCACCUGAACCAGCAGGAAGCCUUACCCUUUCGUCUGGACAAGUCCUCAGAAGGUUACUUCGAAUUGCUGGUGUCGAAACCGCUGGACCGAGAAGUCAAAGGGAAAUACGACAUCAAACUAAUAGUGACAGACAGAGGUUUCCCAGCUUUAUCUGAGAAUGAAACCAUCACCUUGGAGAUCCUGGAUGUCAACGACAAUGCCCCCAUGUUCUCUCAGUCCUUCUACACAAUCCAUGUUAUGGAGAACAAUCCACCUGGAGCUUUAUUGACAUCCCUCAGUGCACAUGACCCAGAUUUGAAUGAGAACCAGUACUUGGUUUAUUUCAUAAUGGAGAAAGAGAUAGUUAACAUGUCUAUGUCCAUGCUUUUCUCCAUCAAUCCUGAGAACGGGGAUCUUUAUGGCCUUAAGACCUUUGACUAUGAAAGAGAGAAGGAGUUCCUGUUCCACAUUGAGGCCAGGGACUCUGGGGUCCCUCCUCUGAGCAGCAAUGUGACAGUUCACAUUGUUAUCCUGGACCAAAAUGACAACACUCCCCUCAUUGUAUCACCAUGGCGAGCACAUGGCUCAGUUGUUGAGGAGGUCAUACCGAGGUCCACAGAGAAAGGGCACUUGGUGGCCAAAGUGGUUGCCGUUGAUGCAGACUCUGAGCAGAAUGCCAGAGUCACCUACCAGCUACUGCAGAUCAGUGACUCAACUCUCUUCAGCCUGGAUCAGUACAAUGGUGAGAUCAGAACGACAAGGAUGUUCAGCUAUAGAGACCCAAGGCAGCAGAGGCUGGUAGUUGUUGCUAAAGACAAUGGACAACCUGCUUUGUCUGCCACUGUUACCAUCAAGAUAUCAACGGUGGAGCAUGCCAUGACCUUCUUAGAGACAACAGAGUUACCAUUAGAAUACGAAGUCUUCACCAACCUAAACCUGUACCUCGUAAUUGGUUUAGGAGCUGUGUCCUUUCUGCUGUUGAUAACCAUCUUGGUUAUUAUCGUCCUCAAAUGUCAAAAGCCAAAGCCAAAGGCCAUCAAGAUGCCCCCAGCCAACAGAAAUAGCCUGAUCAGCCAGAGAAGCUCCACCAUCGCAGAUUCCACCCUGAUCUCCAGUGAUGCCUACUGGUAUAGCUUGUUCCUUGCAGAAACCAGGAAGGGCAAGGUGGUGGUGAGACAACCAAUCAUUCCCAAAGGAGCAGGAUAUUUUGUAUCCAGCAUACCCAGGAGCAUAGGCCCAAGUGAAACCACAGACUCCAGAGCAUCCACACUGGAGUACUCAAAAUGAAAGGAAGUCCAUUCUACAACUGGAGCAGCAGCCAAGAAGAGAGCUACGGUGAUGUAAUCAUCUCUUCCUGGGAGUCUCUGGCUGAAACCUUCCAGGGGCUUGCAAAGAAGAUAAACAGUUUUCUAUUGUCAGUCCCUCUGCUCCAGCUUCUGAUUUCCCCUGUUUCCUUUAAUCCCACACACCAACAAUCAAUCAGUACUCACCUUAUCCUUCUACCAGUGUGUUUUUUGUUUUGUUUUGUUUUUUGUUAAUAUUUUGUUUUUGCUCUUAUGUGUGAAUACUUUCUCUUAACUAGCAUUUGGACAAACCAUUUUACAGCAGGUUUCUUGAACAUUACUAAAGACUCCCAGUGGAUACAUUUGCCUUUUUUGUCCAGGUUUUACCAUGGGUUGUAGUUUUAGAAGCCAUCAGUUGUCUAAAAUAUACCUAAGUUGCCAUAAAGUUGUUGUUUUUUUAAUGCUGGAGUUUGAAACACGCCUAAUCAUAAAUAUACACACGAAUCAGGGUGAAUAAGCUUCUUCCAUCUGAUGAAUCCAUUAUUGUAGCUGGUUAUAACAUUCAGGCCUGAAACUAGGUGUCUUUUUUGUCCUAUUUUGUAUGGAGAAUCUUUCUGUUUGAUAAGACUCAAACUUUUACCUAGUAAUAAUCAGUGACUCAGUUUUAGGUCUUUUUUUCUAUACAAUGUUGUGGUUAACAAGUUUUGAAUGUCUAAAGAAAAAUUGGCAAAAAAGAAUGAAAGAAAACAGGUAAACAUAAAAAAAACCCCAAACCAAUAGCUUUCCCUUCUUAUUAUUUGAUUGUAGUUCAAAUAUGAGUCAUUUAUUGGGGAGAUAAAAAGCUCACCAGCAAUAGGUGUGCAAUUGGUGCAAGAUGUGCAUUUCUGGAGAGUAGUUUACAUCCACUCAUCACCAUACCUGAUGUUAUUUAUGAAGUUUUAUUGAUUUAUUUGAACAGUUUGUUUUUGUUUGUUAGUUUUUU